AUGUCGUCCCUGGUGGCCCUCGUCUGCUUGGCCGGACUGCUGAUGUUGCUGCUCUACCUGUCCGGGGUGCGACGCAGGCGACCAGGAGAGCACCCUCUGGUACGUGGGUGGAUCCCCUAUUUUGGAAAAACGUUCGAGUUUUCGCGAGACGGGCAGAGCUUCCUGAAGCGGCUGCAGGAGCAGCACGGCGACAUCUUCACGGUGCUCAUAGCGGGUCGAUACCUCACCUUCGUCAUGGACCCUCACGUGUACCCAGUGAUCGAGCGGCACGGCAAGCACCUGAACUUCCAAGCUUUCGCCAUGCAGGUGUCGGCCGCCUGCUUCGGGCACCCGCGCUCCGAUCACCCGACGCUUGGCGUGCCCACCGAGGAGAUCACCAACAGCUACCGCUUCAUGCAGGGCUCAGAGCUGCAAUCCAUGAUUGAGAGCACAACAAAGCACUUGCACAGGGUGAUCAUUCGCAGUGUCCAGGAUGCCAAGGAUGCCAUUUCGGGUGUCAGAAACUGCAACGGCACCAACGGAUGGAAGACCGGGAGCCUGAAUGAGUUCUGCUUGGCAACGACCUUCGAAGCGGUGUGGGUGACCCUGUUUGGCUCCACCAACGUGGACUGGCUCGACCACGAAUUUUCCACCAAGCUGCUGGAGCACUUUGUCCCGUACGACAAGGCGGUGCCCCUGCUGGCUGCCAACGUCCCCAUCUCCCUGCUCCGCUCGAGCAGGCACCACCGGGCGCAGCUUGCCACCCUCCUCACGCCCCCGUGUCUGUCCCGCCUCAAGGACUGCUCCUCCGUCGUGGCGGCACGGACGGAGGUCAUCAACUCCAACGGAAACCUCAACGACCACCAGAAGGCCGCCUACCAGCUGCACUUCCUGUGGGGCUCCAUGUCGAACACAUUGCAGAGCAUCUUCUGGAGCAUCUACCACCUGCUGCUGCAUCCGGACGCGCAGCGUGCCGUGAAGGCCGAGGUGACCGCCUUCCUGGAGGAGACCGGCCAGAGCCCUCGGCUCGGCUCCCCACUGCGCCUCGGCUGCCACCAGUUGGACUCUAUGGUCGCCCUGGGCAGCGCAGUGACCGAGAGCCUCCGUCUGACCGCCUCCACGCUCACGAUCCGCGUCGCCCAGAAGGACAUCGCCAUGCCGCUGCCGAACCACGGGACCCUGCGCCUCCGCCAGGGCGACUGGCUCACGCUGCCACCCUACACCUCGCUGCACUUGAACCCCGACGUCUUCCAAGAGCCCCAGACCUACAAGUACGACCGCUUCAUGGAGGGAGGCAAACCGCGCAAGACCUUCUACAAGGACGGGCGGCCCCUGCGCCACGCGCUCAUGCCGUUCGGCUUCGGCGCCACCAAGUGCCCUGGUCGCUUCUUCGCGCUGCUCGUGGACAAGGUCUUCCUGGCGCUGCUCCUCAGCCACGUGGAGAUGGAGCUGUGCCCCGGCCAGGUGCCCGUGGAGGCCGACGUGAGCCGGGGCCCGUUUGGGGUCCUCCCUCCGAAGAACGACGUUCAGUUCAGAUACCGUCUGCGGCCGGGGCUGGCUGAGUGAUGCCCACACGCGCGCGUGUCUGUGCGUGUCU